AUGCGCAUCCCCUACGCCUCCUCAACCCCUCCGACAGACGCCUCCCAAGAGACCCAAGACAUCUACAACCGCAUCGCAGAACGCCGCAAACCCCGCCCUCUGAUCCCCCUCGACCUGGCCCUCCUCCACAACCCCCAAAUCGCAGACGGCUACAACACCUUGCUGGGCGCAAUCCGCACCAAAUCUUCCUUCCCUUUACAUGUCGCCGAACUAGCAAUCUGCUACAUCGCAGUCCUCAACACCGCAGUCUACGAGUGGAAAGCUCACGCUCCAAUCGCAUUGAAAGCUGGAGCUAGUCGGCCGGCCCUUCAAGCUGUUCUUGAUAAAGAUGUGAAGAAUGAGGAGGUACUGAGUGAGGAGGAGAGGGAGGUUCUGGAGUUUACGUAUCAGAGUACGAAAGAAAUAAAAGUUGCGGAAGAUGUGAUGAGUAAAUUGAAGAAGAGGUGGAAUGAUAAGCAGGUUAUGGAGUUGACGAUUACGGUUGCGGGUUAUAAUAUGGUUAGUAGGUUUCUGGUUGCGCUGGAUGUUACUGAGAGUAAUGGUGAAGAUAUGGUGAUGCCGAAGGAGGAUUGA